AGAAAUGCCAGUGUCUGCACUCUGGAUACUAGUCUCCGGUUUCUCAGCGCUCGUUGGUAACCCAUGGCAGGCCUUUGUGUACGGCUUCCUCAAAUCCCUCUCACAAAUCUCAGAUCCUCACGCCCUCUAAAGAUAGUGCGCUGCUUAUCCGCAUCACCUGAAGAUUUAUGCGUGGAAAGCAACAAAUGGGAGCCUUUCAUCAAAAAGAAAGUUGUGAUGCGCGUGGGAUACGUGGGCUCUGAUUAUCGAGGUUUGCAAAUGCAAAGAGAUGAACAUCAACUGUCCACCAUUGAAGGUGAACUGGAAAAAGCUAUCUUCAAAGCUGGUGGUAUUCGAGACAGUAAUUUUGGAAAUUUAUAUAAAGUUGGCUGGGCAAGAAGUAGUCGAACCGAUAAAGGAGUUCAUUCCUUGGCGACCAUGAUAUCUCUUAAAAUGGAGAUUCCUGCAGAUGCAUGGGAGGAUGAUCCAAAUGGGAUCACUCUUGCUAAUUGCGUGAACUCAAAUCUUCCAGAGAAUAUCAGAGUUUUCAGUAUUCUACCCUCAAAAAAGAGGUUUGAUGCCAGAAGAGAGUGUAAUGCACGCAAGUAUUCUUAUCUCAUUCCUGCUGAAAUCAUCGGGAUAAAGAAUGAUUCAACUUCUUCUGAAAUCGAGUACCAUUUAGCCAAUUUUAACGACUUACUGAAUUCUUUCGAGGGAGAGCAUCCUUUCCACAAUUACACAAUACGAUCUAAGUACAGGAAACAAUCUCUUGCCAGAAACGCGUUAAAAAAUGACAGUCUCUUAAAAAAAGGGAGGCCUUCUAGUGAGAAAGAAAUAUCUCGGUGUGAGGAAAGUGAUGGAGAACAAAACCAUAAAGAGAAGGGGGUUGAGACAAUUGUUGAGGCUGAAAAUAAAAAUCCAGCAGGCAACUGUAAUGAGAAAGCUAGUCAUUCAAAGGAUCUCAAUUCUGUUUUUCCAAUUCAAGCAAGAUGGCUCCAUGAACCCGAUGCAAGAGAUAAACUUAGCUCUGCUCAUUUCCGAAGGAUUUUUCACUGUCAUUGUGGAAAGUUGGAGAAGUUGCUUGGCAUGAAUUAUGUUGAAGUUUCCAUCUGUGGAGAGUCAUUCAUGUUACAUCAAAUACGCAAAAUGGUAGGGACAGCAGUUGCGAUAAAACGCAAUCUUUUACCACAUGAUAUUUUAAGAAUGUCGUUAUGCAAGUUUUCAAGGAUUGUCUUACCCCUAGCCCCAUCAGAAGUUUUGGUUUUGAAAGGGAACAAUUUUGCUUUGAGAAACCAUCCAGGCAACAUAAUAAGACCUGAAAUGUUGACAUUGUUGGAAUCAGAUGAUAUUCUCAAGGCAGUUGAUGACUUCUAUUACUCUACAAUGUUACCUCAGCUGUCUAAAUUUUUAGACCCUUCAAAGUCCCCUUGGAGUGACUGGGUAGAAAUACUGGAUUCAAACACAAGCAUUCCAGGCUCCCAAUUAGAAGAAGUAAGGGUUGCUUGGAAAUUGUGGAAGGCACACUAUGAUAGCAGAACUAAGUUUCCAUCAGUAUUGGCUUAAGAGUCUGGUGUCUUCUGAUAGUCAAAUAGUGGGAGAGUAAGAUUGUCGACCAGCAUCAAAGAUAGAAACCCUCUAUUUGCUAUUUGCUAAAACAAGGAUGGAAAUUCUCAACUUGGAGGCCAUUCUAAGGGAAUCCAUCCAUUUUUUGCAGUACAACAAAUAUUAUCUCUAAGAAAACGAUGGACCUUUUGGGUAUGCAAUAGAAAAAAUGUCGAGAAGCCCUGUUCCACAAUGAAUAUUACUGCCUUUUAGUUUAAAAUUUUAAAUCUGACCACCAGACAACAAUUACUCUGCCUGCUUCGCAUAUGCAAUAGUAACUGUGACUUUGCAAUUAUGUUCACUUUUCACCAAGGAGUAGUGGCAAAUGUGCUGGGAAAAGAACUUUUUUUAAAUAGCAGAAAAGGGUUGAAAUUGCGUCUUA